UAUGCCGAGACAGCCCAUGUGCGAUUCCUGCUGAGCGAACUGCGGAGCGAGAGUAAAACUGGGGCAGUCGGCGCAUGCCCGCAUCCAUCGGGGCGCCACUUGGUCGUUAUCGGCCAUCGCGGACCGCCGCCGAUCUAUCGCCUCUCCACGUCCUACGCACUCCGCACUCGGCGGCGCGCACAUCUGGCCGUUAUUAUGACAUCAAGCACGGAAGAAAACGAUCCGUGGAAUCCUCCAUACCAAUGUACUCAUGGUCCUGCUAAAGACUUGGCUGAGCAUACCAAACUACUCAAGCUGGUGUUGAGUGAGAAAUGUGCUUUGUUUGAGGUCUCGAGAGCAACCAAUACAAUCGUCCCAGACCGUACUCCUGAGUCAGUGAAGGAUGCUUUGGUCGGUAAAUUACCCCGCUUGGUGCCCAUCCUGGAAAAGGAUAGUGUCAGGCUUUUCGUCAAGUUAUUCAAGCAUGACAGUGUGGGCUUGGCUUGGGGUUUCGUCAUAACACCAGGGACCUUCAAUCAGAUGAUCAUGCAAAAUGCCCUGCGAUGUGCGAAAGUUGCCUUGCAGGGCAAGGUUGGGUUCCGCGCCAAUCCCAACUACAUGAACUCACAUGGGUACUUUCCCCUUCACAAAGCUGCUGAAAUGUUCUCUGCCGACAUGAUCAAGUUGCUCUUCUGCUAUGGCGCAUCGGCCAAUUUGCGCACAGUUGGCCCUGAAGUCAUCGAGGGCCUACUCCCACUACAUGUUGCAGUUGAGAACGCUUGCCAGCAUAAGUUUCUUGAGGAAAACCUGUUACCUGACAAAGGGAAUACCGACCAUGUCUACAGGCUCAUUCAAUUGCUGUGCUUACCUGAAAUGAAGAUCUUCUUAGAUACAGUUAGACUGAUUGCAGAAAGAACAGAUGAUCUACUUGCCGAGCUCUGGAAAUACAUCAAGGACGGAAAGCUUUCCGAAACAGCAGUUUUGCUCCUGGCAGCUCAAAAGAAGAUCCGUACGGUAUCUUAUGAAAAUGGCAAUAUCAAGACAGAUGGGUUUAGUAUUAUCUCUAAUCUUUGUACAGAGAAUGUUGUUGCUAUAGAUUCGGAGAUUGCUCAAAACAGAGCCAGAAAGAAGCAGCAGCUGAAGGCGGACAAAAAGCUUAGGCGUAUGGCAUUGCUGCUUGUUAUUGUAAUUUGUGAAGCUGGCGAAGCUCUUGAUGCAUACAUUCGGGCACAUCCAGAGGGACCCUAUGCCAUGUAGGUGGCUCACGAUGAGGUUCUGCAACAUGUCUCGUCAAUUCUGAAUAACCAUGGUGUUUGUCCUACUGGAGAAUGCAUCAACAUAGAAAAUUUCUGCCCCUAUGAUCAAUAAUCGUCCAGGUUGUCCGAUGAAAAGUCGUCCAACAAACAUGAUGGGUUUGCUACAACGGAGAAGGCUGCCAGAAAGAAACAACCUAGAGGAUGGGAGGUUGAACAUGCAAGGAGAAGCUUCAUCCCAUACGGGAAAUCAGUGUUAUUAUCCCAGUUGAAGGCAAAGGUGGUGCCUCCCAGUACCCUGAUAGAAUUGAAAACCAUUAGAGAGAUGAAUGAAAUUCUGAAUAAGGCAGCCGAAGGAUCUUCUCGAAUUCCAAAUAACAAUCUUGGUUUGUCAGGAAGAAUUCCGCGAUUGACAAGUAGUCAUCAAUCCAGAAGGUUGUUUGGUACUGUGGCAUCGACAGCCUUGAAACUGUUAAAGCAUGUAUGAGUUGAGAGGUACUCCCUCCGUUCGGAAUUACUUGUCUCGAAAAUGGAUGUAUCUAGAACUAAAAUAUGUCUAGAUACAUCCAUUUCUGCGACAAGUAAUUCCGAACGGAGGGAAUAGUAGUAUGUCAUAUGAGCUGUAUUUUGUAUACUU